AUGACGUUUCAUUCGCUGGGUUUUGUCGUCGGGUUGUACCUCGACCUGGGAACAAAGGAAAAGAUGGAGAAUUUCUGGCCAAUCGGACGCGUUCUUCCAAGCCAGACCGUUACGGAGGUGCUGCACAUUGCGACUUCCAGAGCGACUCGGCAGGUCUCACUCGCUCUAGCGCAGCAACUCGUCGCCCUCGCUGCCAUGGAAGGAUACUUGAUGAAACACAGCGCCAACAAGGCGUCGCAUAUCUGUUUUGGCCACUUGGACCAUGGGUACCUGCGCUUCUACUCGUCCGCCGAUAUGUCAUGCCUUGUUGGCGAACUCCGCUUGUCCGGCUGCAAGGUCGAAGUGAAACCACACAAGCGAGAUGACAACAUUCCAUUCAGCUUCACGGUUGAGUCGCAGCGCGUACUCGUCAAAGACCGCACGUACGCGCUGUCGCCCAAGGAGACGGUCGAGCUCAGUGUCCUCGGACCGUCCGUCAGAUCCGACUGGGCUCGGGCAAUUAGCACGUGGCAGCGCCGUUAUUUCAAAGAUGAAAUUCCCAAAACCCCACUGGAUCACGAACACGACCGCGCACGACUCGAAGAAGCCAUGGCGGUGUUCCGCAAGGAUGUAAACAUGACAGCUACUCUCCCAGCAACGAUAUCACCUGGACUGGGCUUUCGCAUCCCUUCUCUCCGCAAGUCCAUCAUGGGAGUGCUCGACGUUCUGACGAGUCGAUCGAGGGUGAGCGAGUCGAGUUCAUUCGAUGCGGCGCCGCCCCAACCCGUCGCGACCGCGUGAAAACGAAUCGCGAGCUCUCUGUACAUCCGUGUAUUUAAUUCAGCUUCGUCAUAUGAUAGCUGUACGGUUAGUGGAAACACGAACUCGUCCUACGUUUUAGUGACUAUCAGG